UACCCGAAGGAAUAAAAAAAACCGCGAGGUUGAUUCAGCAAAAUCGUAAGAUUAUGUUAGACCAGCAAAUACAUAAGCUUUUUGUUUUUGUACUGCUGAUACUUCCGUGUGUGAACUUGCCUUGUAUAUGCUUCGACAAUUUAUUUCAGUCGAGAACAACUAUAAUUAAUUUCCAUCAGCUGAAGACAAGGUGAAAUCGUGACAUUUAAUAAGAUAGGAAAAAAAAAUAACAAAAACAAAACACGUGUGUCUGUUGAGAGAACAUUUACGCGAAUUUAAAUUAAAGUAAUUUGAGAAAUUGUUGUUCAUAAUGGUUAAACCGAAAAAAUCGAAUAUAGUUCCAAAUAAAAAUGUAGCGUUAGACAAACAAUUGGUUCAAGGCAAAGUAACAAAGCGGAAGAGUAAAGAAAAAUUCCAUUUACGUGCAGAAGAAUCUGCGGUGCUAGAUAGUAAAACAAGUAAAAAGAUUUUAGCUGCAGCUAAAGCGCAACAACUUGAGCUGAACGAUGACAAUUUCCCUAGCCUCGAUGGAAGAAAAGCCUUUGCUAAUGUCAAAAUAGGUGGCUUUUCUGAUGAGGACGAAAAUAAAGAGGUUACGGAAAACGAUUUCAUAGAUACUUUAGAAAUCGAUGAUGAGGACGCAAAGGCUUUUGAACGUUUUCAAAAUCCUCAAGAAGGCAAACGAACUUUAAAGUUAUCAGAAAUUAUACUUGAGAAAAUACAAGAAAAACAACUAGAUAUUCAAAGCAAACUUACAGAUGAUGGAUCUUUAAAAAUAGAAGACAUUGACCCAAGGGUCCGUGAAAUGUACGAAGGAGUACGAGAUGUAAUGAAACGUUAUAGAAGCGGAAAGGUGCCGAAAGCGUUUAAAAUUAUCCCUAGGCUGCGCAAUUGGGAACAAAUUCUUUUCAUAACAGAGCCACAUAACUGGAGUGCAGCAGCUAUGUUUCAAGGGACACGUAUAUUUUGCUCAGUACUCUCACAUGCUAUGGCGCAAAGAUUUUUCAAUUUAGUACUUCUGCCGCGUAUACGAGACGAUCUCUGCGAGUUUAAAAAACUAAACAUGCACUUAUAUAAUGCAUUAAAGAAAGCAUUAUUUAAGCCAGCUGCUUUUAUGAAGGGAAUAAUACUGCCUCUGCUAGAGGCUGGGGACUGCACCUUAAGGGAAGCAAUUAUUUUUGGCAGCGUUAUCGCCCGCAGCUCUAUACCGGUAUUGCAUUCGUCCGCGUGUUUGCUUAAAAUUUGUGAGAUGGGGUACACUGGUGCGAAUUCGAUAUUUAUACGCUUUUUCCUGGAUAAACGUUAUGCAUUACCUUAUCGAGUAAUCGAUGCAGCUGUUUUUCAUUUUAUUAGAUUUGAAAAUGAUAAGCGUGAGAUGCCCGUUCUUUGGCAUCAAAGUCUGUUAACUUUCGCACAACGCUAUAAGAACGAUAUUUCCUCAGAGCAGAAGGAAGCCUUGCUUACUUUGUUGAGAAAGCAAUCACAUCCAAAGAUUACACCUGAAAUCCGAAGGGAAUUAUUGGCAUCCAGUUGCCGAGAUGUCGAGAUGAUGGAAUGCAGCAAUGAAACUGCUGCUUUGCCGUUGGAAACGUACACCGACAAAGAUGUAGGCUACGAGUAAGAAAUAUGUUUACGAACAUAUAUAAAUUAGUAACUGUAAUUACAUAUAAAUAUUUGUUUCAUAAAUUUUCAAUAGAAAGCUAUUAUGUGUCUAAAACUUUGAAAAAUAUCUUUAUAAAACCCUUCAGUAGAGUGGUUUUACUUAUUAAAUUUUUCUCGCAUUAAAUAUGUAUUUUAAAUAAGAUGAAACUACAAACUAAAAACUGAAUUGCUUGAUUUGAAGAAUAUUCAAUUUUUUUUUACUAAAUUGUAAUACUUUGGAAUAAAUAAUAUUAACAUAUGUA